UCACAGUAGGCUGAGUCACGGAGCAUCAGCCCUUGCCUCGCAAUCCCAGGUUGAGAGAUGCACGCACGGGGACCUCUUGCAUCUCACCCACUGCACCCGAGACCUGAGUUACUCGUAUCAUAUAGACAUAGCAUCAAAGCAGCCACAACUUGGACAACUCUGGAGACAAAACGGGGCGGCCCGUGGAAAGGGAGCCUUGCGUGGUUGGGGAGUCGACACGCUUUCGUGUCACUGUGGACGAGCUGCGCAAGCUUUGCGAUUUGCAACUGUAGCUAGCAAGCACAUAUCAAUGUCAGACCAUUGGCGAACCCUCGGCGUGGCGCCUGGGGCGACGCAAGACGAAAUCAAAGGCGCUUUCAGGAAAUUAGCACUACAGCACCAUCCCGAUAGGCACGCGGGCGCAACACAGGCCCAGCAAGAUCAAGCAGCUUCACGAUUCAAGGCCAUCACAGAAGCCUAUGACGUGCUUACUGACGACCGGAAGCGCUCGCAGUAUGAGGCAUCCCGAUCAGGUGGCUAUGGGCGAGGCGGCGGCGGCGGCAGCAGCAGCAGCUCUGGCUACGGGCGAGGCGGCGGCUAUGGCCAGACUUACGGCAGUAGCGCGGGAGUCAACACGGACUGGGCCAAGAGCCGAUACACACACGGGGGGGACUACGGCCGCGUGCGGAUAACCUGGUUUCAAGAGCUGCAGCGCGCGGUAGGCUCCCGCAAGCUGGAGGCGGGCUUCGGACUGGCGGCGGUGGGGCUGUUGCUGUUUGGCGGCGCGGCGGUAGACGCGGUGUGGAGCGCGCGGAACAAGGGGAAAAGCUUCAGUGACUUCCAAUCGAUGCGGUCUGGGUCAACAGCGGCGGCCGGCGGGCAGGGCGGGGGCGAGGCGGCGGCGGCGACCGCUGGCGCCGAGCCCCUUGGCCGACCCAAGCCCUACACUCCCGCGGUGGGUUGCACCUCCAGGCAUAGCCGCUCCAUGGCGCAGCAGCGCGGCGCCGGCGGCGGGUCCUCAUUGUUCCCCACCGCCCAGGAGCGACACCUGGCGGAGCUGCCGCUGGCGGAGCUGAUAGCAGCUGAGGAGGAGGCGUGCGCCGCAGAGCAGGAGGAGCGAGACAGGGAGGAACGGGAGCGGGAGGAGCCGCGGCGGGGGCGCCGCGGCGGUGACGCGGGCGGUGGUGUGGGGGCGGCAGGAGGGGCGGGCGCGCGGACACAGGGUGUGUAUGUGGACCGGGCGGUCAUCAUUCCGCCGCCUAGUCCGCCCGGCCAGAUGGCCGGGCACAGGCCUGCGCCGGCGGCUGCGACCGGCGCCUGAAAUGCGGUGGCGGUGGUGGCGCAGUGGGUGCAUAGCAGUGGGUGCUGGGACUGUCCCCUCUGUAACAUCCGCAUUCA